AGGCCUGGCUCGUGCUGCUGCCUUCUGGAGAAGUCGUUUGCUCUCAGUUGAGGGGGAUGAGCAUCAUCUUGUCAACACAGAGAUUGGCUUUCGGGGGCGCAUGGCCAUUGAAGAAUCUGCCUGAAGAGUUUUGGAGUAAUUUCAUUGGCAGAGAUUUGGAGACAGCCUUCUAGUGACUGCGUCAUGGGGUCAUCAACGAUCACAAGGUGCUACAGUGAAAAAGAGCAAGCAGGGCAAAAAGAAAUCUGAAGCGUAGUUUGAUGAGGAGAACAGCAGAGUGUAAUAUUGGAGGCAGCAGGAAGCCCACUAGACACCAGCUUCCGGGCUGCUUCCCACCUCCAGAACCCAGACCUACAUAAACUCCCGCUUGUGAACUAACGUAGUCUUGGGUGUCCCGCUAUAGCUGCAAAGACGAAGACAGGCGGUCAGAGAUGCAGCCCAAUUGUCCAGGACUUUGCGGCUGGGCUGAGAAGAACACAGGACAGAGCGAGGAGGAUCUUAGGAUGUUGCGCUCCGCGGGGCUCAGACGAAAUCUUCCGUGAAUGGAAGAAAUGCUUCCAAGCAAACAGCCACUACCAGAACAACUGUGUGACCAGGAGAAAGAGGCCAGAGCGCUAGUCCCCAAACCCUGAAGUCUCAGGAGCCCGAGGGGGAGACUGGAGAGAAGGUACAGCACUUGGCUCUGAGUCCUGCAGAGGGCGGGAUGGGAGCUCCUCUCUGGGUGUGUGUCAAAGGAAGUUUCUGGCAUAAAAUCAGACCUGAAGAGCGACGCUGGUGUUUGUGAAAACCAGCGUGACCACCACAGGUCAUCUGUGAGGGCGAAUCUUUCCCGAACCCAGCUUGAAGCCGACUCGUGCUGAGCCACAGACCACCCCCUUCAGGCUCUCCGUGCCCCCCAGAGGACAGGUAUUUCCAGUCACACGCAGUGACAGACUAGCAGAGGACCUGGACUAGAGUUCUGUUCUGCAACGGUGAACAGUGAAGGUCUUCAAAGAGAUGGAGUACGAAGCUUACAACGACUCCAGCGUCUACGACGACGAGUACUCUGACGGCUUUGACUACUUUGUAGAUGUGGAGGAGGCGAGUCCGUGGGAGGCCAAGGUGGCCCCGGUCUUCCUGGUGGUGAUCUACAGCUUGGUGUGCUUCCUCGGGCUCCUAGGCAACGGCCUGGUGAUCGUCAUCGCCACCUUCAAGAUGAAGAAGACGGUGAACACCGUGUGGUUCGUCAACCUGGCCGUGGCCGACUUCCUGUUCAACAUCUUCCUGCCGAUCCACAUCGCCUACGCGGCCAUGGACUACCACUGGGUGUUCGGGAAGGCCAUGUGCAAGAUCAGCAACUUCUUGCUCAGCCACAACAUGUACACCAGUGUCUUCCUGCUGACCGUCAUCAGCUUCGACCGCUGCAUCUCCGUGCUGCUCCCCGUCUGGUCCCAGAACCACCGCAGCGUCCGCCUGGCCUACACGACCUGCGCGGCCGUCUGGGUCCUGGCUUUCUUCUUGAGCUCCCCGUCCCUCGUCUUCCGGGACACCGCCGACAUACAUGGGAAGAUAACCUGCUUCAACAACUUCAGCUUGGCCGCGGCUGAGUCCUCCCCGCAUCCUGCCCACUCUCAAACGGUUUCCACGGGGUACAGCCGACACGUGGCGGUCACCGUCACCCGCUUCCUCUGCGGCUUCCUGAUCCCUGUCUUUGUCAUCACGGCCUGCUACCUCACCAUCGUCUUCAAGCUGCAGCGCAACCGCCUGGCCAAGAACAAGAAGCCCUUUAAGAUCAUCAUCACCAUCAUCGUCACCUUCUUCCUCUGCUGGUGCCCCUACCACACCCUCUACCUGCUGGAGCUCCACCACACAGCUGUGCCGAGCUCUGUCUUCAGCCUGGGGCUGCCCCUGGCCACGGCCGUCGCCAUCGCCAACAGCUGCAUGAACCCCAUUCUGUACGUCUUCAUGGGCCACGACUUCAGAAAAUUCAAGGUGGCCCUCUUCUCCCGCCUGGCCAAUGCCCUGAGUGAGGACACAGGCCCCUCCUCCUACCCCAGUCACAGGAGCUUCACCAAGAUGUCGUCUUUGAAUGAGAAGGCUUCGGUGAAUGAGAAGGAGACCAGUACCCUCUGAACCUCACCUGGGAAUGUCCCCCACUGGCGCCACGGCCCAGGGACACCUAGGGACUUGUCUCCGGAAGUGGGAGACACAUCAGGAGCCUUUGGGGAUGCUCCAGUGCCCAGUGAAUUUUGCACAAGGUGGCUCAUGUUUUAAGUGGGGUUCCCAAGUGUGGACACUCUUCCAGUAAAAUGGCAGGCAAGCAACCCGAGCCUCCACAACAGGAGUAGGGGACUGACUUUGACUGGCUCAGGAAAGGGAGUACCUCUGAAGCCAAGACCUGAGCGGUGACCAACAUACACGAUUUCGCCGCGUGUGCCCCGAACAUGCUGCGCAGUCUCCGGUGUGGGUGAGGAAGUCACCGCUAACCCAUUGCAGACCUGUUACGGCGACAUGACAGUCAAACCAGCAAAGCCCACCACACCCCCAUCGUCCUCCAAGACCUUGACUUUGGAUUUCAGAAGAACGGGGAGGACCGGGACCUGAGGGGCUUCAUGGAACCUUGCAAGGGCAACACAGGGUUGUAUGUGUGUGUGUGUGGGGGGGUGAAGAGGUGGAGACGGGGAGCAGAGAACCCUGAAGGAUGUGGGUACAGGAUAUCUCACACCAUCAUGCCACAGAGAGACGGAGCUAUAGCGGUGGAUGCUUGGGGGUUCAGGUGGUGGCAGCUCUUUGCUUUAGUGUGUAUACUCACCUAGUGCUGACCCCUGAGACUGGGUGGGGACCUCUUCACAGAAGCCUCUAUCCCAUCCCAUCCCAUCCCAUCCCAUCCCAUCCCGUCCCGUCCCGUCCGUCCCAUCCCAUCCCG